AGUCGAAUUGACCGUCGGACAAAUCUGAUACCAGAGCAGGAUGUCUGAACUGAGCGACGAGGCCAGCAGUGAGUCGGAGCAGUUAGGCGCGAGUCUGUCCGUGUGGCUGGCGGGCGGAGGAGACGCUCUGAUCGGCCCGGAGGAGCUGAACGUGCCGCUGGAUCUUCACACCGCCUGCUCCAUCGGACAGUAUGAUGUGGUGGCCGAGUGCAUCCGCAGGGGAGAUGUGGAUUUGGAUGGGAAGAACAUCGGCGACUGGACUCCUCUGAUGUACGCUGCAUAUAUCGGUCACGAUAACAUCGCUAACCUGCUGCUGGAGACGGGCGUCAGUGUCAACGCCACCACGUCUAAAGGACUCACACCACUGAUGCUCGCCGCCAGCUGCGGAAACGAGAGCAUCGCCUACUUCCUACUGCAGCAAGGAGCACAGCUUGAAUGUAAGGAUGUGCGCGGAUGGACGGCUUUGCUGCACAGUAUAGCUACAGGACAUCAGCAGAUGGUCAAAUUCUUAUUAGAGCAUCACGCCAAUGCAAAUAUCAAAGAGCCACUGUCAGGAUUCACACCGCUCAUGGAAGCUGCUGCGUCCGGCCAUGAAAUCAUCGUUCAGUACCUGCUCAACCAUGGCGUACGAACAGAGGAGAGGAGUGUUAAGGGAGAAACGGCGAGAGCUCUGGCUAUGAUGUACGGACACACCAAAAUCGCCAGCCUCAUCGACAUGCACGUCAUGAGAGCCAAAUCAUCUCUGCAUGAGGAGCUGAGCUCGUCUGAAGAAGAGAGUACGACUCCUAGAGUCCGAUCAGCUCGCAGCAGAACCAGAGGACCCAGCAUUCACGACGGCCCUCAAGCUAUCGCACGCUUCAGAGUCGGCUCCAAACACGAGGUUCCCGUGGCUCCACCUGGAUACGUGACCUUCCGGGACGCUGGGGAUCAGAGCGAGGGAAUCUGCAAUCGUGAUGUCACUUCCCCCAUCAAUGAGCUCGACGGCCAGAGCAACAGCAGUAGAGAUGAGCUGUUCUUUGAUAACGACAUGCCCACCAUGAGGAGCAGCAGCAGCGAGGGUCUGUCUCAUCUCCUCGGACUCAGCAGGGAGGCGUCGCUGGAGAGCAACGAGGACUCUGAUCAAGCAAAGAGAAGAUGUCCACGUCGAUCCAAUAAACUCCAGCACUCCAAAGGCAGGAGUCCCGGUAACAGCAGCGGCAGCACCGGUUACCAUGAGGCUCCGUCUUCCUCUGGACCUCCUCCUUCAUACACUGAUCUUGCAGAGUUUCUGGAGCAGAUCGGGUUCGGUAAAUACCUUCCCCUGCUGGAGGAGCAAGACAUCGACCUGAGGAUCUUCCUCACACUUACUGAGAACGACCUCAAGGAAGUUGGCAUCACUCUGUUUGGUCCUAAAAGGAAGAUGACCUCAGCAAUAGCUCGCUGGCACAGUAAUGCACGGCCGCCCAGUGAUGCGUUAGAGCAGGCGUAUGCGGACCAACUGGAGGCCGAGAUGCAGGAAAUGGCCAUUCAGCUUCAUAAGCGUUGUGUGGAGGUGGAGUCUCUGCAGGCUCAAGUGUCUCAGGAGAAGGAGCUGCGUGCUGUGAUGGAGGGAUGUCUGAUGGAGGAGAAGAUGGCGUGGAAGAGCAUUCAGGCGGAGCUGCAGGAGAACAGCAAAAGCUUUCAGAGGCUGAGCGGGAAACUACACGCUCUACGCAACACUCACGCACAGCUCGCGCAGGAGGACACUCGAGCUGCGGGGAAAGGUGACGGCUUGAUGUGCUCUCAGCUGCUGUCUAUGAUGGAGUCUCAUAUAGCGGAGCUCGCUGACAGUCUGAAGGAAAUCCUUCACAGUCUCCAGCGUCUCAGCGCUUCAGAGAAAAGCUCACACAACUGGGAACAAUCCUAACAGCUGUGAAUGGGACACUUGCUUUUACCGACGGAGGGUGAAAAACCACCCUGAACACACAGACGGCCGCAGGGACGGGCCAGAGAGAAGAGCCGUGUCACUCAAGUUCAGAUGGAGAUGACGGACCGAACGAGGGCCGAAGACGACGACAGGGCGGCCGAAAAUGACAAGCACGUGAAGAGCGUCUCUCGCCUGUGCUCCAGUCACAUGGUACAUGCAUCAUGAGAACUGACCAAUCACAGACAGAGCUGUAUCAGACAGGGCGGAGCCAGAGGAUUUGAACUUCCUGUCAGGAAUUCAGUGCACACAGAAAUACAUGCGUGGAUACUGCGAGCACAAAUACUGUUUAUUGCUGUACAACGAA